AUGGCGUCCAAACCACCGCCAGCAGCCGAACUGCUCAAAUCCCCACUCACAUCCCCUCGCAUAUCUACCUCGCAAACCACUCCCCAGCUCUCAUCCUCUGUCCCUGCAUCGGCAGCAACAACAUCACGAAACUCGAUAAUGCAUUCCCCCACAUCCAUAUCCAGCACCAUAAUUCCACCACAUUCCAUCCCGCAUCCACCAAACAUGGACUGGAACCUUGACGAAACGGCCCAGCUUGACGAGCUAAUCAACAAUAACGAGGAAAUCGAAGAAGAGCUGGUCCCAUGCGAGAAUUGGAGUAUGGUGGCAAAGGGCGUGUAUCGUAGCAGCAUGCCAAAGAAGAAGAAUUAUGGGUUUUUGAAGAGUGUGCGAUUGAGAUCUGUCUUGACACUCAUAUUAGAGGAAUAUCCAGAAGGAAAUAAGAAGUUUCUGGAUGAGAAUGGAAUUCGGUUGUUUCAGUUUGGCGUGCCUGGGAAUAAGGAACCAUUCGUGGAUAUACCUGAGGAGACUAUAUCUGCUGCGUUGUCUGUUAUACUAGAUCGUAGAAACCAUCCUUGUACGUGCUUUUUAUCUCAACCACCACCAUUCACUAACAAUACCUCUCUAGUACUCAUACACUGUAACAAGGGAAAGCACCGAACAGGCUGCCUCGUAGGCUGCCUCCGCAAAUUCCAACACUGGUCACACACAUCCAUAUUCGACGAGUACCGGCGCUUCUCACACCCCAAAUCCCGGUCUAUGGAUCAGCAGUUUAUCGAACUGUUCGAUGUGCGCAAUGUCGAUGUUGAUGAGGCGUGGAUGCCUGAAUGGCCCGAGCUGGGUGGAGUGUGGAGGAGGAGGGGGAAGAUGUGA